ACGCCGCCACAUCGGCACCCAAAUCCGCCGCCGCGUCCCAGUCACGCGAAUUGCCCCCACCGGUUCUUGUAAAUACGGACAAACCCAACUGCAUUUGGCGUUUUUCUCGCACGAUACGCGGAAAAUCCGGUUCGACCUUCUCCUUCAUCCCGGUAACGUAAAUACAUGCAGAGAAAUCGUUCGUUGAGGAUUAGCACACGAGGAAAAUCCAUCUUGUGCAGCUCAAUCACAGUCAGCAAGGGAUUAAGACCCGACUCGAUUAGAUUUCGGGUUUCUUCUGUUUACCUGCCACUUGUCAGUCGAAUUCGCGGGAUGGCGUGGUGUAUAUAAAGGAGACGAUGCGAGUUCCGAAGCUUUCGGUUACGUUUUGCCUUUCGGUCUUCUCUCGUUCUCACCACUUUUCUCGAAACCUCCGCUUGAAUUCGCAGAGCUAUUUCGCUGGAAGAGACGAACCAGUUCUUUCUAUAGGUUGUAAUAAGUUUCAUACACAUUUUGCAAUGGCUGGUGUGGGCCUGGAAGACAAGAAGAAACCACCUGAGAGAGAAAGUUCUGCUGGUGAUGGUCAGCGUUCCUGCACAUGGACAUCUCCAGGAGGGUGCAAAAUUGAUAAUGGAAAGCAGAUCUUUUGCAAUAGAUCUCUGAACAUGAAAAACAUAGUUGCUGUUGGGUUUGAUAUGGAUUACACUUUGGCACAGUAUAAACCGGAAACAUUUGAAUCUCUUGCAUAUGAAGGCACCAUAAAAAAACUGGUAUUUGAUUUGGGAUAUCCUCAAGAGCUAUUGCAAUGGGCAUUUGAUUGGAGCUACAUGGUCAGGGGUUUAGUUCUUGACAAGAAAAGAGGGAAUAUAUUGAAGAUGGACAGACACAAAUACGUCAAAGUUGCUUACCAUGGAUUUCGGGAAAUGUCAAAAGAGGACAAAGUUGCAACUUAUGGCAAUACUUUGCUACAAGAUUCAUUUGAUGAACCCGAUUAUGCACUUAUUGAUACUCUUUUUUCCCUGGCUGAAACAUACUUAUUUGCUCAACUUGUGGACUUCAAGGACAAUAAUCCGGGAAAAAUUCCUGAAGACUAUUCCCGAAUAUACAAGGAUGUUCGAGCAGCAGUAGAUAUGUGCCACCGUGAUGGGACCUUGAAGCAGAUGGUAGCCCAGGAUCCUAAGAAAUAUAUCACAGAGGAUGUUGCAAUUAUUCCCAUGCUCGAAAUGAUGAGAGAAUCCGGGCGUGCUGUUUUUUUGGUGACUAACAGUCUGUGGGACUAUACAAAUGUUGUAAUGAACUUUCUCUGUGGACCCAAAGCACCAGAUGCUUGCACUGCUGGCACAUUUGAAUGGCUUGAUUACUUUGACGUUGUCAUCACUGGCAGUGCAAAACCAGGCUUUUUCCAUGAUGAAAAUCGUGCUAAUAUUUUUGAGGUGGAGCCUAAAAGUGGGAUGCUGAUCAAUACUGAUAAUGGCACACCUAUGGCUCUGGUGGGAGGAACAACCAUAAGAUUGCCAACAAAGAGCUCAAAGGAGAACUGCAGAGUAUAUCAGGGAGGAAAUGUUGGUCAUUUGCACAAAUUGCUCAACGUUGAGUCUAGCUCACAGGUUCUUUAUGUUGGAGAUCACAUUUACGGUGAUAUUUUGCGCAGUAAAAAAGUUUUAGGUUGGAGAACAAUGCUAGUUGUUCCAGAGCUUGAAAGAGAGAUUGAAGUUCUUUGGGAACUUAAGGAUACACGGAAGCAACUUUUGUCGCUAAGGAAUGAUCGCGAUCGUGUUGAAAAUGAAAUACAUCGCCUGAAGUGGUCUCUCAUGUCCCAAGGGGAGGGUGAUGCAGCAAUGGUACCUUCUGAACUUAAUGAACUAGAGUCUCAGAGAGAGAAGGUCAGGCUUGCUCAUCAACAUGCUCAACGAGAAUAUCAUCAGAGGUUCCAUAAGGUCUGGGGACAACUCAUGAAGACCGGGUAUCAGAACUCUCGCUUUGCACAUCAGGUGGAGAGGUUUGCGUGUCUGUAUACGAGCCAUGUCACAAAUCUGAGCCUCUAUUCUCCGGGCAAAUACUACAGACCCAGCGAAGACUUUAUGCCCCAUGACUUUGGCAUCCUCUCAGUGUGAACAAAAUGGCUUUGCCCUCUAGAGACAUUUCAAGGAUGAGCUGAGUUGUAAAUUUGGAUGUGGCUGUGGAAAUGACCUUUUUUUACUUCUCAUUUGUGAACUUCAUUGAUUUGCUGCUUCUUUUUUUACUUCUUCUUGAGACAUAAGAAACUCAAAUUGGGUCCAACCCAAAAAAAGAAAAACUCAAAUUGGGUCAUCCUGUAUUGCAUGUGUUUGGUUAUCGUAUGGAGUAAAACAAACUGAUUGUCUUUAU